AUGAGCUAUCAGGUCCCCUCACCUUGCAGCACAUUACCCAACAAGGCUCUGUGUGGAGGGCCAGAGGGCAUGCUGCCCUGCUGUGUUGAGAGCAGUAUGCACACCAGAAGCUCACAUGCACACCUACACCCCAUGGCUCUAACUUGACAAGGCUUUACCCCAGCCUCAGAUAAGAAAUGAGCACGUCCCAACCCUGGGCUCCCUAAAAUAACUCCCUGUCUCUUAGAGCUAAGCUAAACAGAGGGGAGCGUAGUGCUUGGACUCACCACUAGACUGAGCCAGAGGGGACAUCACCAAGCAGAGGGGUUGAGAGGCAGAUGUCAGGUUUGGCUUGGACCCCAAACAAUAUUCUAUACCCCCUUGAACACCCUAGAGCCAAAGGGGGAGGGUUUGCAGUUCAUUUGAGUGAGUAUGACAACACAUUGCCUUCCCAGGACCCCAAACAGACCCCUUAAUAGAAGCCGUAAUGGAGAGAGUUUAAUGAUCCACAGGCAGGGAGGGCAGUAAGGGCACAGAGGAUUGGCGAUGUAGUGGAAUAAUGAAUGAGACGGCACACUGGCACAGACAGCAUCAUGGGAAUUUAUGAUCAGUAGGCUGACUGAGGUUUCACGGCUAGGCUGCUGUGUGUGUUUCCCAUCGCUACAAAUUACCGUCCAGCAGAUUGCCACUGACACUCUUGUUGCCGGGUUAGUUUGGUUGUGUUACUAAGUGAGCUUCAGCUUGCAACCGCACCACAGACCACGCCCAGCCCACGCCUGCGUUGAAGACCUGAGUUCCCCCAGCGUAAGACCUGACUCCAACCCCAACCAUACUGAGAGAGAGAGAGAAAUGUGAAAACCUGUAAUUUUCUAUUAGUCUGCAAUUACUGCCUGCCAGGGUGUCUGUUUCCAUGAUUUAUGAGCAGCAGUAUGGAAGGAGUGUUCUGGGAGUCACACAGCUUAUACACACACUCCUAACCACACCCUGAACCAGAGUCCAGACCUGGAACUAACUGACCAGGAAGCUUUCAAAGAACAACAUGGUGCAAGAGUCAUUUGGUCCUUGUGCUUGUGCUACAUAAUACUGUAAACACAGUCUAAAUUAGUUUUCUGUUGCACGUCAGUCCCAACACAUAUGAUGUCAAUGAUAACCAAAUCCAUAAUUAUUCAGCACAGUGCUAGAUAUAAUGUGUUCUAACACCUUACUUCUCUCAUCCUUUCUCCAGGUAAAGAUAGCUCAGGACUGACAGACUCUGACCUGACCCCGAACUCUGACCCCUCUGGGAUGGACGGCAGCUACCUGAGUGUGAAGGAUCAAGGCGUGAAGGGCCCGUCGGACCGACCGGGCUCGGACAUGGCCAGCCCCAUGGACAAGGGCGAGGGUGAGAGCAACAAGGGCAAGAAGAGGCGUAACCGCACCACGUUCACCAGCUACCAACUGGAGGAGCUGGAGAAGGUCUUCCAGAAGACCCACUACCCUGAUGUGUACGCCCGCGAGCAACUGGCCCUCAGGACUGACCUGACUGAAGCCCGUGUACAGGUAAGACUGGUUCACCUGAGCGGAACUCUACUGCUAACCACUACUUACUCAGGUUCUGUGAAGAUCUGUGACUUCAGUCUAGCAGUAUCACUUUCAUUACACAUCAAUAACAGUGAUGAUCACCAUUAUACACAGAAGAACAAUUGGUAGAGUUCUAAACUUGAGCAUCCUUUCCUUUAGGCCACGACUAGCCAAACAAGAACAAUGACCAAUGCUAUCUCGAAUCAGAUGGCGGCUGUAUGUUAUUGAGAGGACUUUAACAAAAACCGGACACAGCUAAUGAUUAGGAGACUGUGGAUAGAACCACAUUAAUCCCUCAACAUCUGUGGCUUUGGAGAGAUAACGUCACCAAGCCACCAGGGUGAGAGUGAGAGUUAUCUGGUAAUGUGGGAGUAGGGGAGUAGUGGCCAACGCAGGGCAGGGGGCCCCCAGGGGCUGAGGCUGGAGCUGGGCCUCAUAUGUUCACUGUCAAGGGAGCAGACCUUCAUCCACAUAUGAGGAGACAUGCUUGGUUCUGCUCAGCUCCACAACCUAGCCUGCACCUGAACCCCUGGACUUCUGAACUGAGUACUGCAAGUGGCUAACCAGGUCUGGGGCUACAAACAUACAACCUUCCUGUGACCUUCCCCUUUGAUUUACAUAUAAUCCGUCCAUGACUACUGCCGCAUUCCAGCAUUGGUGGAUAGCUGAUGAGACCCCCCUCGCUCGGAGCACAGAUACAGACACACACACACACACAAAGUCUACCAAAAGCCCUUGGAUUCAUUGUGUUUUUCUUUCAUUAACAUCCUGUUCAGGAAAGAAUGUGUCCCUCCCAUGGUCUCGUGGGUAGGUGUGAAAACCUUCCCCUGAGCCUCUGGUAAGUUGUGAGGUUCGCAGCAACCAUCAUGCACUAAUCCAUAGGAAACAUGCCAGAAUAUACAGUACAACACUGACACCAAUAUCUGUAAAUACAAACGUCAUGUGAAAGUAAAGAGAGCAAGUGCUCUGUGAAAGAGUCUGAGGGAUGAGAUCAGGCUGGAUCGGGUCUUUAUAUGACAUGUGCUGGCGCAGUGGCAAGAAACCCCUCACAGUGAAACACAGGAAGUCCCUGAAGCCAGAGGGUUGUAAUUCAGCCUAGAGCCCCCCCCCACUCUCUCUCUCUCUCUCUGAAGGUAUGCUAUUCCUCUAGCUAUAAGAGGGCUGGUUCAGCUGGGCCCUUUACAGCCUAAGCUCUCCCACUGGCCCUCUUAAACCAUUCAAGUUAAAAGAUAAAAGACACAAGAUGCCUCAUCAGUCAAAUAACUUUACUCAGAAAAAAGGAGCUUCACACCUCAUGAAUUCUGCAUCUAAAGUGGACAAACUGUUCAACUAAAUCCACAAGAAUUUGUCCUGCUAUAAAGCUCAUAGUACUGUACGUUUUGGUCGAUUGGAAUUCCACUGAGAUUUCAGUUUUGUGGUUGUCAAUAGAUUUCCAAACAAAUACUUCCUGGUCAAGGCAGUGUUUUUCAGAUUGUAACUGAAAUACCCUCUCUUUAGUCCACUUAACGAGACUGAACAAGAGGAGCUUGUAAACUUGCCUGACUAUAAACGUUAGCCAGAGAAAUGUUUGUUUUUUCUGUCUACUGGUUUCAAAGGGAGGAAGUCGGUUGAGCUCUGAGUCAUAUGCACUCCAGAUACAUCUACAGGUCACAGGUCAAGGGUUUCAAUAACAUCACGUCUCUCAGACUACCUUGCUGUCAGUCCACAGCUCUGAGGCUGCUGGACGUUGUUUGACAUGGAGUAUAUAAGGCUAAAUGAAAUGCCAAUAUGAGUUAAGGACCAAACUACAGACCUUAGUUCAUAUAAAACAGGACAGCAACCCAUCAGAAAGCAUAAUAACAAAUCAUGUAAAUAUGAUAUUAGAUAUUAGAUGUUGUGCUCAUUCAGCUGGGUAACUAUACAAGGUAGAAAUACUUAGUCAUUGUAUACCCCCCAUUGUGUACUAUUUGCAGGUCCAUUUGGGCCGUGCUAUAGUAUGGAAACAGCAGUGGCAGAUUAUCAAUCCUCAAAGCGGGUCUCUGACUUCAAAGUGGCUGUAUCCCCAUGCAGCUUCCCUGCCAGGACAGUUUGGCAUUUCUGUGUUCUUUCUCUCUGUGCUGGAACAUAACUAAAGCCUCAUAGUAAGUCUCUAAGCUACUUUAGCUGUCAACGUCUUUACCAAUUACUGUCACUACCCAGUGUGCACACACAAACACUUAGCUCUGUGGAACAGAACCUGUCUAGGGAGAAGUCGGACAGAAAGCACAAACAAACAGUAUCUGUUGGUAGAUAGAUACUCACUGUCCCAACAUGAUCAACAGCUCUACUGGUGGGUCACUGUCAAAAGACACAAAGGGAGAAGGUGCAUGUGAACCAAGGAGUGAGUCCAUCCAACUAUCAUAGCGUACUCUUUACAAUCUGUUCUCCACAUCAUUUAUAAUUGUAGUUGAUGAGGGGCUUCAUUGGCAAUAGAAGCUAGUGAGUAUUUGGGUUGUGUGAGACUGUUGAAAGAAAGACAUGAAGACAGAGAGAGAAGGAAAGAGACAGAUGACAGCAGUGAGAGGAGAGGAGAGGUGAGGAGGGAGCGUCUUGUCUGGGUGGCUCCUCUGGGUUGGAGGGGGGAGCAUCGGAAAGCCAGGGGUUUAGGGGUCAGGAAAUUAAACAGAAAAUGAAAACAAGCUCUGGUUUGAACAUUCUCCCAUGUCACUUUUCAAUUUCCCAAAUUCCCUACUCCGAUUUAUAGAGGGAGGAAGAGUGUGAGUGAGUGAAAUAAAUAAAUAAAUAAAUAAAUGACAGAGGAGAGAUAGAAAUAAUGUCAGGGGGGCAGAAAGAAAAAGGGGGGGAAAUGUGCUACUUUUGUUCUCUCUCACAAAAAUGUUCUGAUACCAUAUACUGCCCAUGUAUUCCCUGUAUCAGUGUAAUCAGUGAGUAAAGCUUUCUAAACAGACGAUGUGAAGCUUAGGGACAGUGCUCUCUGUGCUCUGUGCCUUGACAUUAAGUGCAAUCACAGUCAGGCUGAUAUCAGGUUACCCAGCUCUGAGAUAGGCCCUAUGACGUUGUGUGGGGGAGGGCGCCAGGCCUAAGCCCAUCUGAGACUGACUCUAUUUAGAUCACUUUCACCAGCUUUGAUGGAAAUUUAAACACAAUAAUGCUUUCAAUAAACAACCGUUUUAGGCUCAGAUGUCAAAGGUAAUUACAGCACACUUUUGUUAUGAGAAAAUUGGCCUGUUCCUGUCAGAAGACAAAGGAACGGAGGGAAGAGUCUGUAAACGUUUUGUUUUGAGUACUCAAGUGAAAACCUCCUCUCCACAUUGUCUGUAUUAGAGGCCUAGUAAUCCUUCCUUUCUCCUCUCUUCUCCUCUCUGAUUGCACACCCCGCCCAGGGAAUCAGACCAACGGAUUUAUUACUUCACCCUCUUUUUAAUUAUACCUCCAAAAGUCUGUGUAUGUGUGUAUGUGUGUGUGUGCGUGUGUGUGUGUGUGUGUAUGUGUGUGUGUGUGCGUACACACGUGUGUGUGUACUUGGUUGACGGAAAGGGAAAAUUGCACGUCAGUUGCUGUGUAAACCACAAACUAAUUGACCAAAGGCUCAUCCUCAGAACCAAGUUCAAACUCUGUGACAAAUCAAGAUUGCAAAACAAAGGAGGCGCUCCCUUUGAAUAGGCCUCCACUUCGCGAAUCAAUAAAUAGAUGGAGUUAAUCUGAGAGGAAGAGGGAUCACAGGGAAAGGAAUUUCUGGCUGCUUUUGAGACUUUAAGCUUAAGAAUAGCUUGCUUUAUCUACAGAGCAGCGCAUACUUUCACUUUUUUCCACUAAGAGUUUCGGCACAUUGAUGUCUGUGCAGAUAGCACAGUCGUUUGGCUGUGAUCCUCAGAACCCUUUUUCCAUAGAGAAAAGAAUAGUGUUAUUUGCAUCUAUCAGAAAGGCAUUCUCCUGAGAUGUGGUGGAAAGUUAUAGUUUAAAGCUUCAGGAUUACUGGUCCAGUACUAACUCCGCCCCGGCCCCCACUGACUCCCCCACUCCCCCAUCUCCCCUCCACAUCUCCACCUCCAACCUCCUGCCUCCUGCUGCUGAUGGCGCUGAUAGGAGGGGAACUCAGAGGAGGCCUUCACAUGGCCUGUCAACUCCCCCAGACGUCAAACUCCAGCCAGGUCUCUGCUUUCUCUGAGAGAGGGAGACUGUGAAAAAUAAGCUAUGCACACGGGCCAAGGCCCAGGGCUGAGGGGCAGAGAGAUUCCCCUUCUCUAUGAGCGCCCUGUGAGGCCAACCCUGGAGGUUCCUGGACUGUUUCUCAGGUGCCUGACCACGCUGCUGUACAGUGUUUACCCACAGUUCACCCAGCCUCACUGACACACUGAGCCCCAGGCCUAAGAGACACAUGGCAGUCUCUUUCCUCCCCUUACAGCUCAAAGACACGGAGCAGCGCCACAAUUAUAAUCACAACAGUGUUUGUGCAAGUUAUGUGCUAUGUAUAUUGUACUGUAGGCCUACAUAUUAUUUGAGUUCUAUUGGAUGUUCAGGGAAAACAUGUAUGACUAUCUUCUUCUUUGAACUAUGCUCUAAAAAUGUAACUAUAGGUAUCUAUGGAUCCUAUGUGACUAUGUGACUCAGUCCUGACCUUUGCCCAGCAGGUGUGGUUCCAGAAUCGCCGAGCCAAAUGGAGGAAGAGGGAGCGCUUUGGUCAGAUGCAGCAAGUCAGGACACACUUCUCCACAGCGUACGAGCUGCCUCUUCUAGCCAGACCUGAGAACUAUGCACAGGUAAAAAUAAUAAUAAAUAAUACAGUAAUUGAACGUAUUUAUAUAGCGUUUUUUUCAAAUGCUCAAACAAAAUGCUUACAUUUUGUUUAAGUUUGGAUGAAACACAGCAACCAUUUGUGCCAGAAUGCUCAUCACCCAUCAGCUAUCAUGGUGGAGGCCUUGGAGGAGCAGAGUGGGGUUACUUACAUCUUAUGGGUGUUACAGACAAAGGAUUUGAGAGAGCAGUUCAAGCUGAGGGGGAGGCCUUUCUCUGUGAUGCAAUGACAGAUCAGCAAGCCCAGAUGAGGCAGCUCCUCUUCCUGUUCUCUCCUCUCUCUGUCUGCCCCCCAGAGAGUGAGGUCAGCCUGGCUCCAGUGACAGGCCAGACACACCCUCACAUAGACCCAGAGAACCCUCCAUUUAUUAUUCAUCUGCACAGAGGGUCAGAGGGCAGGUGUGUGUGUGUGUGUGUGUGUGUGUGUGUGUGUGUGUGUGUGUGUGUGUGUGAUGCUGUGGAAUGCAGCUCUGUGCACAUCUGGCCACUCCAUGCGAGUAUCCAGCACCACUACCCCGGCCCCCAUCUCAAACACCCCCACCCCCACACCCACAUCCCUAUCAGCUCCCUGACCACCGCAUCUCUCUCUCCGUCUGUGGAGGAGGGUGACAGGAAGCAUGGAGAUUACUAAAACAGCCAGGCUGUCACGAUCGUUGGUUAGAGAGGACCAAGGCGCAGCGUGUUGAGCGAACAUACUUUAAUAGUAAAGUGCAAACACGAAUACAAAACAAUAAACGAUACGUAACGUCCUCAGACAAUGACUGACAAGGAACAAAAACCCACAAACACAAGGUGAAAACAGACAUAUUAAAUAUGGCUCCCAAUCAGAGACAACGAGCCAAACAGCUGACACUCGUUACCUCUGAUUGGGAGUCACUCAUCCAAACAAAGAAAUACAACCACAUAGAACAACCCAACCAAACAGAACACAACGAAACGAACACACCCUGGCUCAACAUACAAAGUCCCGGAGCCAGAGCGUGACAGUACCCCCCCCCUAAAGGCGCGGACUGCGACCGCGCCUCAAUAAGGGCUAAACAAGGGAGGGCUGGGUGGGCAUACCUCCUCGGCGGUGGUUCUGGCUCCGGCCCUGAUCCCCACCUCCUCUCCAACCCCCCAAAGUACCCCUGGUCCUGUCUAGCCCCGCUGGUCGGAGCCGGACUGACGACACGCGCCCCUGGCUUGGUGCGUGGAACAGGAACGGGCCUCACCGGACUGACGACUCCAUUCCCUGGUUUGGUGCGAGUAGCAGGAACGAGCUGGACCAGGCUGACGACUCGCAUCCCUGGUUUGGUGCGAGUAGCAGGAACGGGCUGGACCAGGCUGACGCCUCGCACCCCUGGCUUGGUGCGAGUAGCAGGAACGGGUUGGACCAGGCUGGCGACUCGCACCCCUGGUUUGGUGCGAGUGGCAGGAACAGGCCGGGUCGGGCUGGCGACGCACACCGUAGGCUUUGUGCGUGGAGCAGGGACAGGCCGGGCUGGGCUGGCGACGCACACCGUAGGCUUUGUGCGUGGAGCAGGAACAGGCCGGGCUGGGCUGGCGACGCACACCGUAGGCUUUGUGCGUGGAGCAGGGACAGGCCGGGCUGGACUGGCGACGCACCUCGUAGGCUUGGUGCGUGGAGCAGGGACAGGCCGGGCUGGGCUGUCGACGCACACCACUGACUUGGUGGGAAUGGCAGGAACCGGCCGGGCUGGGCUGACGACGUGCACCACUGACUUGGUGGGAAUGGCAGGAACAGGCCGGGCUGGGCUGACGACGCGCACCACUGACUUGGUGGGAAUGGCAGGAACAGGCCGGGCCGGGCUGUCGACGCACACCACAGACUUGGUGGGAAUGGCAGGAACAGGCCGGGCUGGGCUGACGACGCGCACCACUGCCUUGGUGGGAAUGGCAGGAACAGGCCGGACCGUACUGGGGACACACACCACUGGCCCCACGCAGGGAUCAGGAACGGGCCGGACCGGACUGGUAACACACCCCAGUACCUCUCGCCGUGCCUCCACACUUUCCCUCUCCUCUGUGCCCAGUAGCCCCCCUAACCUGGCGGCCUUCUCUGCCAACGCUUUGCACCGCUCUAACCCGUACACCUGCUGCCCCGACGUCGUGAGCCCCCCCCUAAAAAUUUCCUGGGGGUCUCUCCUCCCCGUGGCCCAGGCCUCUCUCCCUCUUGCCAGACUCGCAAUCAUCUCCUCCCACGUCCAUCCUCUCUCCUCGUCACGCUGCUUGAUCUGGUUAAGGUGGGUUUUUCUGUCACGAUCGUCUAAUGAGGAGGACCAAGGCGCAGCGUGUUGAGCGAACAUACUUUAAUAGUAAAGUGCAAACACGAAUACAAAACAAUAAACGAUACGUAACGUCCUCAGACAAUGACUGACAAGGAACAAAAACCCACAAACACAAGGUGAAAACAGACAUAUUAAAUAUGGCUCCCAAUCAGAGACAACGAGCCAAACAGCUGACACUCGUUACCUCUGAUUGGGAGUCACUCAUCCAAACAAAGAAAUACAACCACAUAGAACAACCCAACCAAACAGAACACAACGAAACGAACACACCCUGGCUCAACAUACAAAGUCCCGGAGCCAGAGCGUGACACAGGCAAGGUGUUGAAGGACUGAGGUAGGAGGGAAAUGUCUUUCCCUUCAACUUAUGUAUCUACCUGCAGCAACACUACAAUAGGGUUUUCAACAUUAAAAUAUUGGGCUAUGGAUAAGUAGACUAUGAUGUGAACGUUGCUCCACAGAGUUGAUAGGUUAAUUAAUCAUUCAAGUCGAUUUGACAGACCAUGGUGAGUAUCGUAGGCUUCUUGAUCUUCUUAGCCUAUUUGUAAAGCGUUUUACGAUAAAAGGUCUACCUCGUCUUUAGGCCAUUGUGCGCGCCGGGUGCUAUACCGAGGAAGAGACACGUGGAGACUGGUGCUCAAGAUAAUACUUUUUUGGGGAGUGAGCGAUGUCGAAUGAUGAACUUUACUGCAGAAGCUAAACAUGACCUUAAAUAAUUGUGCAACUUGUGCUGUAUUGCAUGAGUAUCCUAGGUUGGUGCUUUUGUUUGUAAACAGGACUGUCACACACACAUCACACAUCCUUCAUUCUGCAAUAGGCCUACUUUAUAAUUAUAUUCAGUCCACAGAGGGUGUCUGAAAAAACUAAGCACUGACUCACCCACAUAGUUUUGGUAUUUAAAGUGACCCUGUCCUCUCUUUGCGUUUCAGAUCCAGAACCCAUCAUGGAUUGGUGGCGGCAGCGGAGCGUCUCCUGUACCAGGCUGCGUAGUGCCCUGUGACACAGUCACGUCCUGUAUGACCCCUCACCCUCACUCCGGCAGCGGCGUAUCUGACUUCCUGGGCGUCCCGAACCCUGGGGGUCACAUGGGACAGACGCACAUGGGCAGCCUGUUUGGGGGUCCUGGCAUGGGGUCAGGGAUCAACGGGUACGAUUUGAACAGCAUGGACCCGGACCGCAAGUCCUCCAGCAUCGCCGCCUUGCGCAUGAAGGCCAAGGAGCACAGUGCAGCCAUCUCCUGGGCAACAUGA